AUGGAGGAGAUGAGUCAAGUCUACCAUGACUAUGCUCAGCAAGUCGCUUAUGAUUCGCCGACACCCAUCGUGGAUCGUUUCCACUUGCAGGGUGGCAACGCUGCCCUCGCCACCAUGAUAAAUCUGACUCAACCCGAAUUCGAAACGAUCUGGGCGAUCGUUGAGUCCGUCGUGGUCCCUGCUUGGACACUGGGGCGAGGACGCAAAUCACCGGUGUCGUCCAAGGAUGCGUUCUUCAUGACGCUGGUUGUCCUCAAGCACUACAACGCAUGGUACAAACAUGCUUUGGAUUUUCGAAUGAAAGCACCAACAUUCGAGAAGAUGGUUCACCGCGUCCUGGAAGUGGAUCGUUGGCCUACCACAUGGAGUGUCUUGGUCGAUAUGGGACACCAAGGAAUCCAGCAUGAGUUUCGAUCCGUCCAGCCGAAGCGACGACCGCAAGGUGGGUUUCGUACCCCGCGUGAACUCGAGCGCAACAGCAGGGUGUCCUCUGAUCGUGUCCUGGAGGAGAAUUACUUUGGACAGUGCAGUCUCUGGAGAAUUAUGUCCACCACCUACGAGUCCAAGUUGAUCGAGUAUCGCGUGUUUUGCUGUGCUUUGACCAAUGCGCACGUGUCGUGGAUACCCCUGCGUGGGGCGGAUGGAAGCGGUGUCGAAAUCAAGUCCAAUAUCGAGCUCGACGCGCGAGACGACUUGACGCAGUUUCGCCUCAAAUCGACCGGCGCUGGCUCACAUGUUCCAAUCUUCUAUCACAUUGGGGACUCGAAAGAGCUCGCAACAUCCACGCAACACAAAUACCAAAUGUCUGGAACACGUCAGCAAGUCCUUCGACCCCAGCCCACGCGUGAGUCUUGGACCACGAACGAAAUCGUGGACGUUUUCCUUGGUCCCCCGAUCGUGCAGAAGACUAUGCCUCAGUCAACCUACGGCGGCCUCCACGCGCACCUCAUCCCAUCAGCGUUCGUGAACACCAAGAGUGAAGUCGUCUUCAAGACUCUCGAUUGGACUAUCAGCGACGAUCUGCCUUUCAGCUGGUUUGAAAAGGAGCGCACCCAUGAGUACGCCUCCUUCAAGGGACUAUCGCACAAUCAAGUCAAGCACUACAUGCAUCUGCUGCGCGCCUCAGUCGUCGAAGACAUCAUGAAGGAACUGCCGGACAAGUUCGGAGUGGCGGGCGAUGGAAAAGAGGUCCUGCUCUCGAUGAUUUAUCUCAUCAAAGACACGAGCCUCGCCGAUGUCCAAGGGUGCAUCGCAUCGGUUCAACAAGACCUCAUGGAAGGCGAGUUUGCUGACCUGCUGGCGAAAGUCCAAAAGGUCAUGUUGUCAUGCAAGGCACUCAACAAUGCGGCGGAGUUAAAGAAGCUGACAUCGUUGAAGUCGAGGCUCCUCCAAGCCACACGUUGGUCGUCUGCGUUCGAGAUGUUAGUCCGCUUCCAGAAGCUGCUGCCUACGCUCGAACGGAUGCCCAAGCGCGUGAAACUGAAGAUGCUGUAA